AUUUUAAUUGUAGAGACACACAUUAAUUAUACUUUGCAAAAAAAUAGUUUGAAGUAUUAAUUAAAAUAGUUUUAAUUAGUUGCAUUAGUUUUGUAUCCAUUAUUAUAUUUGUUGUGAAUUAAUAUUUGUUACAUUUUUUAGAUGGAAGGUGGUAGAUAUUCGGUUGAUUUGGGUAACCUCCAACGCAAUCGAAGAAACGAGAUUGGGAGGAAGAAAUCCCGCAAAGGUAAAGAACUUGCCGGGUCUUCAUCUCAAAGCCAAGAUGAUUUUGAAACGGGUUACCAAAGGCGAGAUGGAGAUGCGAUGUCCGAAGAACAACUCCAACAAGAAUUGGCCCGACAUAAUAACCGCUUUCUACAACAACAACAAAUGCCGACGACCAUUGACGAAGAGGAGCUUGAGGAUGAAGAUGCGGAGGAAUUGGAACCGGAGACGGCCGAGGAGGAGGGUGCCGGCAGCCACGACGCCGACGCGCCUGCCUCAUCCCAAACCGCCACCGGUAAUAAAAAAAGUAAGUCUGAACUAAUGAAAAAUAAUUUUGAUAAAUGGAAGGACCCACAAACCGGCUAUUGGCACGCAACUUGCAAGUGGUGCAACAACAAUUAUAGUUUGGGAACCUCCGGCGGAUACGGAUCCGCCGCAAGGCAUCUUAAGGCAAAGCACCCCGUGGAGUAUGCAAAAUUAGGCGGCGGAACGGGGAAGCAAACUCAAAUAUCGAGUUGCUGUGGAACAAGAAUUUAGUUCGGCCGGCAACGUCCUAACGGCAUCUAGAUCGAGAUUGAGCGCGGAGUCUCUUGAGACGCUUAUAUGCUACCACGAUUGGUUGAAGGCCGCACGUAGAACUCAAGAAUUGAGCAUCACCCCCUCCCAAGAUUUUAUGGAUGACUCAACAACCGAUGGUGG